UUCUUGCAAAAUCUGACUGAUCUCACUCUCUCUUCUGGUUACCUGCUGUCGGAGGGGAGGAGAAGCAAGAGAAGUCCAAAUGGAGCCCAAAAAGAAGUUAAUAAACUCGGUGGACAGCUGUGUAGAUGAGGCUCUCUGCGGCCUUGUGAGGGCCAGCGGGGGCCUUUCUCUGCUGAAGGGCCACAGAGUUGUGCUUCGGUCAGACCUGGAGAACCUGAGGGGCAAAGUUGCCCUGCUGUCUGGAGGGGGGUCGGGACACGAGCCGGCACAUGGGGGUUAUAUUGGUGCAGGUAUGCUGUCAGCUGCUGUUGCAGGUGGAGUAUUUGCUUCUCCACCUCCUGCCAGCAUCCUGGCUGCUAUUCUCAGCUUGCACACUGCAGGAGCCUCCGGAGUCCUCCUCAUUGUGAAGAACUACACCGGCGACCGCCUCAACUUUGGAUUGGCCGCAGAGCAGGCCCGUAACCACGGCGUCGCUGUUGACAUGGUGAUAGUUGCAGAGGACUGCGCCUUUGACCAACCCAGCAAGGCCGGGAGGAGAGGCUUGUGUGGCACCAUCUUCAUACACAAACUUGCAGGCACCUUAGCAGAAGAAGGCUUCUCAUUGGACCAGAUUGUUUCCAAGGUGACAGAGGUUUUGAAGGGCAUCGGUACACUCGGGGUGAGUCUGUCGCCGUGCAGCGUUCCAGGCUGCAUGCCUUCUUUUGACCUGCCGCCAGGAGACAUGGAGAUCGGACUGGGAAUCCACGGUGAACCUGGAAUCAAAAGGUCAAAGGUGGCAUCCGCAGAUGAGGUGGUGAAGACCAUGAUAGAUCACAUGACCAACCCUGACAGCCAAUCACAUCUGCCUCUUAAAUCAGGGGACAGUGUGGUUGUGUGUGUGAACAACCUCGGAGCUCUGUCCUGUCUGGAGGUUGCCGUGGUCACGAAAGCCGCCAUCAUCUGUCUCGAGGGUCGCGGUGUGGCGGUUGCCAGGGUGAUGUCGGGGUCGUUCAUGACGUCGCUGGAGAUGGCGGGAGUGUCGCUGACCCUGAUGAAGGCCAACCAGGAAACACUGAGGCUGUUUGAUGCUAAGACCAGCGCCCCCGCCUGGCCAAACCUCAGCAGUGUGUGUGUAAGCGGACGCAACUACAUCACAGAACCUCAAGCCGCGAGUGCACGGCCACAGGAUGACAAACACUGUGAAGGACCACUGAGUCCUGUGAUGCGUAAGGCGUUAGAGAGGGUUUGUUCCACGCUGUUGGAGAAGCAGGAAGAACUCAACGCCCUGGACCGCGCUGCCGGUGACGGAGACUGUGGGAACACUCACGCACAGGCUGCUAAAGCCAUUCAGGAGUGGCUCCAGGAUCAUGAGGUCCCUGGUUGCCCCGGACAACUGCUAUCAGUCCUGGCUGGAUUACUGCAGGAGAAGAUGGGCGGGUCUUCAGGAGCGUUGUACAGUCUGUUCCUGACAGCAGCUGCUGGUCAUGUGACUGAAGGGCAGAGCAAUGCAGCAGCCUGGGCUAGUGCAAUGCAUGCUGGGACACAGGCCAUGAGGAGGUAUGGUGGUGCUGACCCUGGAGACAGAACAAUGUUGGAUGCUUUGUGUCCGGCUGUCGAUGAGCUGAUGAAGCUGAAAACAGCACCACCUGGUGGACAGAUGACUGUACUUAAGACAGCCGUGCAGAAAGCGGCCUCGGGGGCUGAGUCGACCCGUGACCUCAAAGCGAGGGCGGGGCGAGCCAGCUACAUCGCAGCCGAGCGGGUCACCCUGCCUGACCCCGGCGCCGUGGCCGUCGCCGCCACCCUGAGAGCUGUGCUGGAGUCUCUGGAGGGCCAGAAGUAAUCUAGUAGAGCAGAUCUUGUCAAUUAGUACACUAAUAUUGGACAGGACAACACUAUUAUGCCUAAAAACAAAGAAAAACUGUGAUUUUGACUUCCUUUUAAGCACAUUUUCAUACCAUAAAUACAAAAAAAACUGUGGAAUUUGGUUCUUGAAAGACAGAAAACACGUAAAAACUUACUUUGUGCUUCAGAAAAUGAACAGCCAUGAUGUAAAGUAUACCUUAGAUUUAUGAAAUGGUCAAAAAUAUGAACAAAAAACAGUUAUGGUCCUUUUUAAAUUUGAUUAAAUAGCUCAGAAAUACUGACAAUCCAAGUUUAGCAAGACUUGAAUUAAUUUGUUAUUAAUAAUUUUAAUAAAUAUUUAGCUAACUCUUGUACAGUAGCAGGAGAGUUUUGUAUAAGUUAUCAAAUCAUGAAAUUAACAUUCCUUGUUACUACUUAUAAAAUACAAUAUUGAGCAAUAAAUGGACAAAAUGUAUGUAAAUGUAAACUAUUUAAUGACUAAAUUUUCACAGGUAAUAUUUCACUGUGUAGAAUUCUGAUUCAUCAUUUGUUUUGAACUCAUUCAUGUUCGAACUUAUGCUGUACAUUAAUUAAAUGCACUUUCUUGAUACAACACUGUAAAU